GGAGGAGGCGGCGGCGAGAAGAUGGCGACUUCCAACAAUCCGCGAAAAUUUAGUGAGAAGAUCGCGCUGCACAAUCAGAAGCAGGCGGAGGAGACUGCGGCCUUCGAGGAGGUCAUGAAGGACCUGAGCCUGACGCGAGCCGCGCGGCUGCAACUUCAGAAGUCUCAGUACCUGCAGCUGGGUCCAAGCCGCGGCCAGUACUACGGUGGGUCCCUGCCCAAUGUGAACCAGCUGGGCAGUGGGGCCAUGGACCUGCCCUUCCAGCCCAGCGGAUUUGUGGGGGAGGCCCUGGCCAUGGCUCCUGACUCUCUGACGCCCUUCCAGUCCUCGGGCCUCGACACUAGCCGGACAACGCGCCACCACGGGCUGGUGGACCGGGUGUAUCGGGAGCGCAGCCGCCUGGGCUCACCCCACCGCCGGCCACUGUCAGUGGACAAGCAUGGGCGGCAGGCCGACAGCUGCCCCUACGGCACCGUGUACCUCUCACCACCUGCGGACUCCAGCUGGAGGAGGACUAAUUCAGACUCAGCCCUACACCAGAGCACGAUGACACCCACCCCGCCAGACUCCUUCACAGCCUCCUCCCAGGAUGCACACCAGAAAAGAGUCCUCCUGCUGACCGUCCCAGGAAUGGAGGGCUCCACAUCAGAGGCAGACAAGAACCUUUCCAAGCAGACGUGGGACACCAAAAAGGCAGGAUCCAGGCCCAAGUCCUGUGAGGUCCCUGGGAUCAACAUCUUCCCAUCUGCGGACCAAGAGAGCACUGCAUCCCUGAUGCCCACCACCCACAACACUGGGGGAUCCCUGCCUGACUUGAGCAACAUCCACUUCCCUUCACCUCUGCCCACGCCGCUGGACCCCGAGGAGCCCGCCUUCCCCGCCUUCCCUACUCUCAGUGGCACCAGGAGCCCAGACUCCAGCCUCACACAUCCGGGCCUCGGCUCCAGCCAAGGAAUGAGUACUCCCAGCUCCUCUCCACAGCACCAGCCGGCCGGCGUUAACCCCCUGUCCCUGAGUACAGAGGCCAGGCGGCAGCAGCCCCAGCAGGUGUCACCCACUCUGUCCCCACUGUCACCCAUAACUCAGGCUGUGGCCAUGGAUGCACUGUCUCUGGAGCAGCAGCUGCCUUACACAUUCUUCGCCCAGGGCGGCUCCCAGCAGCCGCCCCCGCCGCAGCCACAGCCCCCGCCACCCCCGCCGCCCGCCUCUCAGCAGCAGCCGCCCCCACCCCCCUCCCAGGUGUCCGUCGGCCUCCCUCCAGGCGGACCCCUGAUGCCCAGUGCCAGCCUCACGCGGGGCCCGCAGCUGCCCCCGCUGGCUGUCACCACGCCGUCUUCCCUCCCCCAGUCCCCCCCAGAGACCUCGGCCCAGACCUCCAUGGGGAUUGACGUGGCCUCGGCACCUGCUCUGCAGCAGUACCGCACCAGUGCCGGCUCCCCGGCCAACCAGUCACCCACCUCGCCUGUCUCCAACCAAGGCUUCUCACCCGGAAGCUCCCCACAGCACACCUCCGGCCUGGCUGGCGUGUUUGGGGACUCCUACUAUGAGCAGCAGAUGGCGGCCCGGCAGGCCAAUGCACUGUCCCAUCAGCUGGAGCAGUUCAAUAUGAUGGAAAGCACUCUCAGCUCCAGCGGCCUCUACAGCCCCGGAGCUGCGCUCAGCUACUCACAAGCAGCCAUGAUGGGCCUCACAGGCAGCCACGGGAGCUUGCAUGAUGCGCCGCAACUCGGCUAUGCCAGCCACAGCAGCAUCCCCAAUAUCAUCCUCACAGUGACCGGGGAGUCUCCCCCAAGCCUGUCUAAAGAACUGACCGGCUCCCUGGCUGGGGUCAGCGAUGUGAGCUUUGAUGCCGACAGUCAGUUCCCUCUGGACGAGCUGAAAAUCGACCCCCUGACCCUAGACGGCCUGCACAUGUUGAAUGACCCAGACAUGGUCCUGGCUGACCCGGCCACAGAGGACACCUUCCGGAUGGACCGUCUGUGAGCGGCUGGCUGCAUGCCGCCGCGGGUCAGUGCUCCCUGACACGCACCCCCAGCCAGGGGACGGCCAUGCUCCGUCUGUCUGUCCUCCGCCAACGGCUGAGCUUGUGAUUUGAGCUUACAGCGCUGCCAGCGUCCUGCCAGCCUGUCCCUGGGCUCCCGGGCCCCGGCUGUCCUCCUCCUGCUGAAGCCAAGCCGGUCUGGCGCCAGACUGGGAUCAGGUACCCUCCUCCCCACCACCAAGACACAGGCCACCUGCUCUCAGGGGCAAAGCCGGCAGUGGGGGGCUGGGCUAGGUCCUUUCUGACUGUUUCCGCUCUCACUGCCUUUCCCCAUUCACUGGGGCAGAGCUGCCCGCCCUGCCCAAUGGCACCACAGAACCCAGCACUGGGCAGAGUGGACACUGCGACACCCGUGGGGCCUCGGGCAGGCUGAGGGGCCAGGGUGCAAGCAGGGUGGGGCGGGAGCCCACACACAGCACAUUCCCACAGCACCCCUGCCAUCCAUGAUGCUGUUAUUUAGGGUCCCACCUGGGCGGCGCUGCAUCCUCGAGUGGGGCUGCAUCUGUGUGUGGGUCCCACAUUCUCCCUCUCGGUUUCUAUUUACAUUUUCGUUGUAGACAGUAGCCGAACCUUUCCGGCUACACACCUGCGCGCAUGUUUUAUAACCCUGGAACCCUCUGUCCUAUCUUUAUGCUGACUGGAAACAAGGCUCGAGAGCCACGAGCCUGGCUCUGUGGUUUCAUCCCCCAGGUUCUUCCAGAAGGAAAAGGAGGGCGGUGGCAGGGCCAGCGCCGGCUAGGGACUGGCCAGGAGGCAAGGCCAGCCGGUGGCAGGGCUAUGUGCCAGUGCUCUGCAACUGUGGGUAAUGAUUUGGGCUUUUCUUGAGGGUCUCUGAGAGGCCCAGGUCCAGCUGCUUCCCGGGGCCUUGGGCAAUGCACUGGGCACAGUGGACAGGGAGCCAUGCAUGGGGUGUUCCCUCCCUGAUUGAACCUUGACCUCGCCAGCCCCUCCCACUUCUAGUGUCCUGUCCCAACUCUGGCCCUCAUGUGUUCCGCUUCCUCCCCACGCAGCCAGGUGGCCCCUGGCACAGGUUGCUUCUGGCCACCACAGCACCUGCCACCACAGUGCCGCCCAGCCCCAGCCCGGGGCUCAGGCCACAGUUACAUGGUAGAAGCUGGGCACAGAGUAGGGACAUCUUUUUUUGUUGUUUUAAAGGCAACUUACACAUACAUAGGUGGUUUGGCUACCAUCAAACUUGUAUGAAGAACUUCAAAAAACAAAAACAAAAAAAACUGGCCUUAAUAAAAUCACACACAACCUGCCUGGAUGUGGUUUUCAGAUCAGACACAGGGUCCCUGCCAGGCUCCUUCCUGUGCCCUGGUCUGCCAGUCCUCUGUGCAGACCCUGGGAGAAGCGGGGCUGUCCCCUCCCAUGCCCCACGCAGGGCCGGGGAGCCUGCAGCCUGGCACACAGGUGACCCCCAUUAAGCUUUUCCCAAGGAUGACCUGGAAUUCCCGGACAGAUGCAUGGCCUGCCUCAACCCAGGGGGCCUAGCAUCCUCAUUCUAGAAGCAGCCAUGCUCUCGGUGGCUGAGCAGACCUCCUGACCCAUGGCAGGGGAUAUUGUGGGACCUGUGUCUGGAUUUUAGAUCUCCUCUGUGGAAUAUUCCUAAAUCACCUAGACUUUCCAUCGGAGGGACCCGGCCCUUUCCUUUAGACAUGAGAAUACUGUGGCUUCUAAGAGGCUGCAUGGGAAGGGCUGGCCCUGGCCUAGAGUGUCUGCCGACCUGUCUCCUUGCAGGUCUUCUCUUCCAGGUCGGGGGCCAGGUCAGGAGCCAGGCCAUUUUCCCCAACCUAACUAGCAACCAUGUGUUGUUGGCUUUGGCCAGACUCCCCCACCCCAUCCCCAGUUGUGCAACCCUUUCCCCCAGACAGAAGCAAGACAGGCAUCCCCUGCCUCAGUUUAUCCUUCAGGCCCCUGGGGGAGUGGCUUUGUAUCUCCUGAGGCUCACAGGACAGGAUCAGCCCUUGUGUCCUAAGAAGGCUCUGAACUUUUGCAGUCCUGCCUUGGCUGUCCCUGUGUCCCCCCUCUUUGUGGGGGCAGCUGGCUGCCUACCAGCUUUGCCCCAUGGCCUGUGGAGGCCCACGUGUCUGCCAGACCGCCAUCCCUUGGGCCUGAGGAGCAGGGGCAGCUGCCUAUGCCCUGCCUGCCCCUGAAGGGUCCUCAGCACCCCUCCUCCUCCACCCUGCCCAGGCUUGGAUUCUGAAUUUUGUGAAUUUCCAAAAAUGGCCCCUAACCUGGUGCAGGGAGACCUGCCAGGGGUCCCCCGGCCUGGUCCAUUGUUCCUCCAGGUCAGGGAGAGUGUGGUGCCUCAGGCCCCCACACCUGAUGCCUGCUCCUGCAGGGCCUCCUGAUUUGCUUGCACCCCAGGAUGCGCCCUGUCAAGCAGAAUCAGGCUUAGCCCUGACUGGCACCAUCUGCUGUUCUCCCCUCUGGGGGCAGGAGAUGGGGUAAUGGGUGCUGGGGUACUCUCCGGACAUGGGGUCAAGAGCAAGCCCCAUGUGCCUGGUGCCUCAGUUUCCCCUGCCAUUUCUUGGUCCCACAGGGCCCCACCCCAGCAGCUGGAGCAGGGCCAUGGGACGGUGCUGGCCACUGGCUCUGCCCACCUCCCCCCUUCCUGGGAUCCAGGGACAGGGGCCUGGGUUUGUGGGGAGCCCUGCCUUGCAAUGCUCUGUAAUUUGGGGGCCCCUCCAUGCUCAGUCUAGCCCAGCCUGUCACAUACUCCCGACCACAGAGGACCCGGGACAGAGCCAUGGCCUUGCACCCAGACACAGGGUCAGCCUGGCACCUGGGUGGUCCCCUGAUAUAUGCAAAUGCACCCAUCAGAGCCCUGCCUGGCCUGUGCCCCUCACAACCCCGGCUCUACCCCAGCAUGCACAUGCCAGACCCACACAAGGUCCCUCUGUGGGUGCCAUGACGGGCAGGCGGGCGGGGCGGGGCUCAGGGUACCCUUGGCCGCCCCACCCCAGCCUCUGGUGAGGGCUUGUCUUUGUAUGUCUGCAUCCUUUGUAAUGAAAUGUAAUAAAAAUGAAAUGUUUUCGG